GUUGCAGGGAGGGGUUUCAGGGCGGAAAAGAAGAAACGAGCCGUAGAAGAGGGCGGGGAGAGCAAAAACUAACAAUGGAUCGUUACCAGAGGGUGGAGAAACCGAGGGAGGAAACCCCUAUAAACCAAAAUGAGAUCCGCAUUACGACUCAGGGUAGGAUGCGAAACUACAUCACCUACGCCACGAGCCUGAUUCAGGAGAAAGGUUCAAAUGAAAUUGUCUUUAAGGCCAUGGGAAGGGCUAUCAACAAAACUGUCAUGGUUGUGGAGCUAAUAAAGAGAAGAGUUGUUGGUCUUCAUCAGAAUACCUCUAUUGGAUCUACAGACAUAACUGAUACAUGGGAGCCUUUAGAAGAAGGCCUACUCCCGCUUGAAACCACUAGGCAUGUAUCUAUGAUCACAAUAACUCUGUCUAAGAAGGAGCUUGACAAGUCCUCAGUUGGAUAUCAACCUCCUUUACCCAAGGAUCUGGUGAAACCACUGGCUGAAUUUGACUAUGACGGAGAAGGCUCACCUGGUGGUCGAGGCAGAGGUCGUGGGGGUCGUGGCAGGGGAAGGGCUAGAGGAAAUGGCACCAUGGCAGCAGAUUAUGGUGAUGGAGGAUGGGACAACUGGGGGCAUGGAUAUGGCAGAGGUGGCUGGACCCGUGGUAGGGGUCGUGGCUUCCGAGGCCGUGGCAGAGGAGGCUAUGGUGGUUGGAAUGACUACCAGCAAGACCACAGCUAUGAUAAUGAAGCUCCAGUUGUCAAUCAAGGCAGAGGUCGUGGUCGUGGGAGGGGUCAAAACCAAGGAAGGGGUCGUGAUUCUAGAUCAAAUGGACGGAUCAAUGCAAUUAAUGGAAGGGCGUAAAUGGAACGAUCUCUAUCAAGUCAAUAUUUCUACUAAAUCAUUGUGUUGGAUGCCUGCUCUUACGUACUAGUUUAUUAUUUGUCCUAGAUAUAGAUCAGCCAUAGUUUACAUAAGCUGUCUUCAUGUUAUGCGAGCAUUUGAAUUCUUAUUGUUAUUUAGUUCUACUUAUUUUUUGUUAGAUUAAACUAAUUGUAGCAUUUGACUAACAGAGCAGUACAUUCUUUUAUUUUUUAUUAACCUUGUUUGGCCAACGAAGACGUGUCCUUUGUUGUUA